ACAUUAACAGACCUACAUAGAUUCCACAGCUCACAAUGUCCUCAUCUCUUGUGAGCUUUGCAUUACUCUUGAGCUUUGCGGCUCUUUCCUUCCGCCUAUCAACGGCCGAUGACAGCCAGGUUGUCGCCUCCGUUCCGCCGCUAAUCUGGGUCUACAAGAAUGGCACAAUCAGCCGUCCUCUCGACCAGAGAAAAGUUCCGCCGUCCCCUCACGACCCCGCCACCGGCGUCUCUUCUAGAGACAUAACCAUUUCAGGUAACAUCCCGGCCAGAAUAUACCUCCCUAAGCUCACCUCCACUUCCCAAAAGCUCCCCGUCCUGAUUUGGUACCACGGAGGCGGGUUCUGUAUGGGAUCCGCAAUCGACACCGGCGACCACCAGUUCCUCAAUAUCUUAUCUUCCGAAGCCAAAUUAGUCGCUAUCUCCGUCGACUAUCGUCUCGCUCCGGAGCACCUUCUCCCUGCAGGUUACGAGGAUAGCUGGGCCGCUCUCAACUGGGUCGCAUCCCACUCUCCGGGUUCAACCCGACCCGGAAGCCCAGAUCCAUGGCUGAUCCAGUACGGCGAUUUCAGCCGAAUCUUCCUCGGCGGCGACAGCGCCGGAGCCAACAUAGUCCACAACAUGAUCGUGAGAACCGCCGGCGAGCCCCUGCCCGGAAACCUGAAAAUCUUCGGCGGAAUCCUGACCCACCCCUAUUUCUGGGCAUCUAAGGACGGCGACAAGGAGAGCUUCGGGUAUAAGCUCUGGACAUUCGUGUACCCAUCGGCUCCGGGGGGAAUCGACAAUCCGAUGGUGAACCCGUUUGCGAAAAACGCGGCGCCGCUGUCGGGGCUACAAGCGUCACGGAUCUUUGUAUCCGUUGCAGAACACGACGGGCUGAAUGUGAAGGGGAUUGAAUACGUGAAGGCGCUGAAUGGGAGUGCGUGGAAAGGUGAAGUGACGCAGGUGUUCAUGUAUGGAGUGGCACACAGCUUUUAUCUCAAUCAUAUCCAUUCAAAGAAGGCGUUGUAUCUCAUCGAACACAUUGCUAAGUUUAUACAACACUGAAAUGGGAUAUUUCUUGUAUGGAUCUGAUGAUGAAGUCAACUGAUCAGUUUUACAUAUGAAUUUCCCUAAUUAGCUUGCUGUCUUUUUUCAGUGUUACUUUCAAGUUCCAAUUGGUCUUCAAUUUGGUCAUGUUUUAUCUUUUUCUAUGAAGAUAGAUAUGGAUAUGUAUGGUUGGACAUAAUAAUACUACGGACUAUGAAAUUUGUAUGAUUACCUCUUUCUAAUGUGA